AUGCGAUCAAGACCAUCCGAAAAAAAGGGAGUCCAAGAGCCUGAGAAGCUGAAGGAAGAGAUCGACAUCAUGCGACUUCUGGAUCACCCGAACAUCGUGCGAUUUCAGGAGAGUUUCGAGGAUCACCGCUUACUCCAGCUGGUUCUGGAACUAUGUGAAGGAGGGGAGCUUAUUGACCGAGUGACCACUGAAGGGUCGGUGACCGAGAGACAAGCAGCAGGCUGUGUGCGUGACAUGCUGCGGGCCAUCAACUAUUUGCACAUGAACAAUAUCAUGCAUCGUGACCUCAAACCGGAGAACUUCCUCCUGGCCACCAAAGAAGAGAUUGGGAAGACUUCUUUGAAGUUGAUUGACUUUGGCUUGGCCAAGCGCUUUCAUCCGGGAGAACAAGUUUGUACCAAGGCGGGCACCCCAAACUACGUGGCGCCGGAGGUGCUGUCGGGUCGAUAUGAUGAGAAAGUCGAUACCUGGAGCAUUGGGGUCAUCACAUACCUCCUCCUCUCCGGCAAGCACCCCUUCACUGGCAAGACGGUCGAGCAGGUCCUCCAAAAGGUGAAGACUGCCAACUUCGUCACAGAAGGCAAGCAUUGGAAGGGCAUUUCGGCCGACGGCAAGGGCUUCGUGCAGGUUUCGGGUUGGUUCGGUGCGCUGAUCCCCCCGCGGUGUCCGCACCGACUCUUAGCGCUGGCGGCUUCCGAGCACACGGCGCGGCUCCUGUACGGCUUGCAGGGGUUUGUGGCUGCGUCGCCCAGUUGUCUGCAGCGCGCUCGUGCCGCGAACCAAGUACUUAGCACGUUCAGAGCAUUUGCUGCCUGGGCGGUGGCGUUGCCGCGGAAGAAUGGCACCGUGGAUUUUGGUGGCCCCGCCGCGAUGGGUGCGGCUGGCGUGGUUUUGAUUUGGCUGAACCAGGCGAGUGAAGAGCUGAUGGCCUUGGACUGGCAGAGGGAACUCCUGUGCCAAGGGCCUGCGCUGUCAGAACACAGAGUUGGAAGUGCUUUCUUGGGCAUUGCGCGAUUGCAGACCUGGCCGUGGUUGGUGGAUGCUGCAGCCUUGGCUUCUGCUCGACAGCUGCCGGCAGUGGUGCCUGAGCGGGUGUUGUUUGCGCGCAGCCCUGCAGAGGUCUUGAUACACAUCCUGGAGCAGCUGCGCCAGCCGGCCUUCAUGGUGGAGAUUGGGGUUGAUCGAGGUCAGACGUCCCAGCUGCUGCUGGAAGCUUUGCCCAACUUAACGUUACUGGGCGUGGACCCCUACCCUGGCAGAUACAACGGGCAACCGAGCACCGAGCGGCUGGACCAGAUGGGCGGCGAGGAAGCCUUCAGCAUUGCCCUUGGGCGCUACGCUCAGUACGCGGACCGAGCACAGAUCUGGCGCCAGUCCAGUGCUGCGGCCGCGCGCCGGCUGGGGUCAGCCCCGGAUUUGGUCUUCGUGGAUGGGGAGCAUGACUUCGAGUCUUGCUCGCUUGAUCUGCGGCUGUGGAUGCCCAAGCUGCGGCCAGGUGGGGUGUUGGCAGGCCACGACUUCGCGGCCAAUGAACCUGGCGUGGUGCGGGCAGUGGCACAGUUGGUUCAAGAGCAGCCAGUGCAGCCGGACAAGGAUCGAAGGGCUUUGCACCUGGGACCUCACGGAGUGUGGUGGUUCGUCUAG